AUGGUAGAUGAUGGAGUAACUAUAAGGCUUGGUGUGAAGCAACCUAAUAGUGUAUAUACUACCGGAGGUAGAACCAUUAAGGUCACAAGAGAUGAAGAACCUCCUGGAUCUGGCUUUACCAGGUAUACUCAUAAGGAUGAACAUAAUCAACCAUUUAUACUUGCAAAGAUCCAGGAUAAUCAGAACUAUCCUAUAGAUAUAAAUCAACUUGGAGGUAAAGAGGUAACCUCGGUUGCAGCCUAUUACUGGACUGGUAAUGCCAGUAACGUUCUCAUGGUAGGGGUUACCACUGGCAAUACAACAACUUAUUAUGGCAAUAGAAAGAGUGAUGGUAGCAAUGAGUGGAUUGAACUAACUGGAUAUAAACACUCUCACCCUCCACUCAUCAAUGAUGAUAUUGAAAGGACACUGGAUGAUCUAGUUUGUUCGAGCUAUGGUGCUGUUACCAUGGAUCUUAGCAAGGGCACAUCCUUUAGUGGUAAUAAGCCGUAUUGUUGUCGUUGUGAUGAUCAUAAUAAUAUAAAGAUCACAGUUAACAGAGGGGCUGUUCCAGCUUCCUCUCAAAUUGAAUACUGCAAACACUCUAUUGAAGAUCCUAAACAUAAACUUGCAAAGAUAAGGUAUUAUCUCUAUGAUAGUGGUGAUGCUUAUAAUACUAAUAAUCAUAAGAAUAGAAGACGUAUAAAACCCUCAAACCUAGAGCUUCCAACAUCUGAUGUAACUAGCAUCUCUGCAUUCUAUUGUGGAGGAAACCCAGUGCUAAUAUAUAUUGAUGGAACCACAGCUACUACUGGAUGGUACAAGAAAAACGGUAGUAGUAGUAGUAGUAAUAGUAGAGAUGAACAGUGGGAUAGACUCAAAGAUGGACCAGAGAAGUCGCCAGAUAAAAUCACAAUCUGCGGUAGUAACGACCUUGAAAAACUUAAAAAUGCAAUAUAUUGUGCAAGCGCUGUAAAAUGUCCUAUUCCUCUUCCUGCUGAAUCUGGUCUUACUCCUGGAUCUCUAGUUGUUGCUAGAGGAAACUCUGGUGAACCUCUUGCUGCUGUUCUAGGUCUACAAGCCGAUCCUCUUAAUCCUGGUGCUAGUGGUAAGCCUAUUGGUAAUGCUGGUGGAGGUGGUAAAGCCGGAGGACAUAGUACUGAUCGUAGAGCUGAAGGAGGCUCUAGUGGACAAAUUCCUCUUCAACACCAAAUUCAACGCGAAGAAUCUACUCCUUCUGGAGCUCAGCCUGCUGCUGGUACUAGAGGUAAUGAAGGUUUUACUUUUCAAAAUGGUCCUGGAGAUAAAGGUACUGAACCUCAAGAACCUGAAGAACUUCAUGGUCUGCCUACUGUUGAACAAAUAUUGGAAAUGCUUGGAGGAGCAGUACAUCUUGGAUCAGCUCUUACUGCCGAUGCAACUCGUAAACUAGCUAAAAAUACUACUGAUAAACUCUUAUCUGAUCUUAUAUCUCUAGUAGGUACUGCUGGUACUGAAGAUACUACUCAACUACAACCUCCUACUUCUGCUCCUUCUGGUAAUGAAACUUCUGCUGCUCAAGAAACUGCUGCUCCUGGAGGAUCUCCUCGUGCUGAAGCUCUUGGUGGAGUUGGUCUUGCUACUCUUGGCACUAUGUCUUUGGGGUCCAUAUCUGGCAUAUCUUCUGGUACUCUUGCCGGAGCUGGCGCAACAUUUUUUGGAGGAUGGAAACUUUAUAAUCGCUAUAAAGGAGACCCUUGGGUUAGACAGAUAUGA